CUGGCGAUUCCGGGCUACACGCCUGUUUUCCUCAACAGGAGUUUGUAUGCAAACCUCUAGCGUGCCUCGCAACCAUUUGGUCAAAAUAGGAGUUUCUCAACCCGGAUGCACCAAACCCGCGCACCUUGCCCACCCAGGGCACGACCUCCUUGCGCCCAAGGGAUAUUGUGGAGACUGGUUGAACGCCUCUAGUGGAUUACUUGUUGGACACCCUCGUUCCUUCGGUACCUUUACCGCCUCCUCGUGGACUCGCUCCUCACUUCCAUACCCUAUUCUUCUCUCGGCCGUCGGGGCUCGCUUCGGUGGGGGGCAUGAUAUCUGUAUCGGGAUGAAGAAUUUGUAGGGGUCGACCGUAGGUUGUUUAGGGUGUUACAGUAUGCGCAGUCUGGUGGCUCGACACGGGGGGUACGCUGUGUAUUUUAUUGAGGAAGGAUUAGGGCGGAAACGAAACAUGCUGAGAAUAUAUUCCGUAGGGAAAUCUAUAUAAUAUUAUCAUAAUAUUG